AUGCCGAUGACAAAGUGCGGAGGAUGCGGCAAAUUUAUUUCGCCGGCAGAUGCCGCUAGGUGCACGAAAUGUAAUUUACAUUACCAUCGCGUAUGUGUCGGUCUGGCCACUAGAGGCGCUGUCCCAACGUUCUGGCAAUGCCCAGAAUGUAGGAAAAACCUCCGCAGGGACAAUAAAUCGGAGACUCCUGUUAGAAACAGCCAGAUGGACAUACAGACAGGGAUGCCUCCUUUGAUCUCUUCGGAGUCAUCGGGGCUGGGGUCUGCGCCUUCUCGAGAGUCCGCGGAGGAAGAUCUGGACGAGAGCUUGACCACGGAACAGGUGCACCAGGAUCAGCAGAAUAAUGUCGUCGGAAUAGAUGCAGCAGUUGUUGCAUCCCAGUUGGAUGUCGCUUCUCAGUUGCGCAUCAUCAUGGAGGAGUUGCGUAACCUGCGACUGGAAGUCAUCGAACUGCGUAAAGAGGUCAAGUCCUCAAAUGACACGUGCAAUGGACGGAUGGACACCAUUGAGGCUAGGCUGCAGGUCCUGGAGGAGCGGCAUGCUGACGGGCCGGCUGAUGUGGCUGUGGUCGAGGGAGUGGUGGAACAGCUGAAGCGGGAGCUCAACGACAGGGAUCAGGAGCUAAUGGCGAAUGAUCUAGUCAUAGCCAAUUUACCCGAAACACCAGCUGAAAACCCAGUACAUAUGGUCAAGGCCAUCGCCACCAAGCUGGGUGUCUCGUUGGAUAUUCGUGACAUCGUGUAUGCGGAGCGUGUUGGGGGACGGCAUCUCAAGCCAACGAGCCCAACUAAACCGGCCGAGGUUCGCCCUCGUGCUGUUAUGGUUCGUCUGGCCCGGCGAGACCUGCGUGAUGACAUCCUGGACAGCGCGCGAGUGCGGCGAGGCGCCACAACUGAGGACUUGGGUAUCGCCGGUUCGGCUCGCCGUUUCUAUAUAAACGAGAGACUGACGAAGACGAACCAGGAGUUGUUUCGAAAGACUCGUGCCGCCGCCGGUGUCCACGGCUGGCGCUUCGUGUGGACGAGGCGGGGACGCAUCCUGACUACAAGCUGCAGGCUACGGGUUACGACCUAUGCACUACAGAUAACGAACUACGUAAGGGCUACUAGCUACGGAUUACGCACUACAAGUAUCGGACUACGCACGAAGAGCAACGAGUUACGUACUACGCGCUACAGGUUCAGGGUUACGGGCUACGGACUACGAACAACCGACUACGAACUACCGACUACGGACUACCGACUACAAACGACGGACCACGACAACAGCGUAUGUAAUACUAUGUAA